UUUAUUGGUUCUCUAUUGCAAAGUAUAGAUAAUUCAAAGUUUGAGUUUUUUCCCCUCUUUUUUGGGUUUUGGUUCUUUUCCUGGGAAGCAUUUUGCACCCAAAUCUUUGCAUGUUUUGAUCCAGUUUUGGAAAAAUAAUUUAUCCAUCGAGAUUUAAACUAUACCGUUUUUGCUGUAACUUCAAAUAUAUACUAUAAACGAUCUUCACGUGUGAUCUAUGUUUAUAUUGAAUUUGUCGGUGGACACCGUUUAUGUAAGAUAUUCUCUUUAUUGAUUUUGGAGUUUGAGAAAACUCAAUGUAUUUUAAUUUCUCUAAACCACAGCAUGUUUUCCUUGGGAUGAUCUUCGUGGUUACACUUAAAAAGAAAAUAUUCUGUCCUAUUCUUAUUCUCCUUGCUUAACACCCAUCUUUUUACUUGCACAUAUGAUGUCUUGUUUAUGAUAUACUUGAGUUGUUGAUUUUUUAACUAUUAGAGUCUUAAUCAUUGAUUGAAGACACCCACCAACCAAUUUGAUGGCUUUCCUUUUGCAUGCUUUAGUUUUUCUUGAGUGCUUUUAAGCCUGGAAUUAGGUAAACAAUUGAUUCUAUUCCAUAUGAUUAUGUUAAAUAAUGCACAUAUGCUUUCACACAAAAGAGACUUGUCAUGCUCAUUUCUUUAGUUUUAAAAUAAUCUUUUGCCCCCUGGUUUCACCUUUUGUAGUUGAACUCAACGAUUAAGGAUUUUAGAGAAUAUUCUCAUCUCGCCUUGUGUUUAUUAAAUUUAUAAGUACGUUUAGGCAUAUGUUAGUUGUAACAGUGAGUGUCAGAAUGAAUUGUGGUUGUAGUGAGGAGAAGAUAGUUCUAAUGAAUGUUUCCAGGAGAGAACAUAGUUUCAAGAAUAGCAUCUAGAUAUUCUCCUAAUUAUAGAGCAAUGGGAAUAGAAGAUACAGAUAUUUGUAUCAUCAAGGAGCCAGAUCAUGUCGUAGUAUAUUCGGAUGGCAUUCCCCAUGAUUCAGGUCAUGAAGCUGGAGGUGACCAUCACAAUAUUACAGAGUCUUAUGAACAAAUCAACGAGACAACUGAACAUCAUAGUUCAGAGGAAAGUGCAAAGGAGUAUGAGGUGAAGGAAUGCACCACAGAAGUUUCUGUUAAGGUCUCUGAUGUCAAUAAUCUUAAAAAAUGCGAGGAGAAGUUAACAUCAGAUUCUGAGGAUGUUGUCAGUGAGAAAAGUUUUAAAUCCCACAAAACAAGGGGUAAACACAAGCCACGGGACACUGUGAAGAAUGGAUCAAGACCUCCUGCUGGAAAUACUGGAAAUAUUCAUAGCAGGUGUACAGGUAGUGCCCAAAUCAAGCCCACAAUUCCACAGCCGUUUUCCUUAGCAACCGAGAAGCGUGCUUCAGUUGGAACUCGUCCUGCUUUUGAAGAAGACAACAAAGCCAAUAAUGAGAGAAAAUCUUUAAAUAAAAAAAGCGUGUUAUCUCCCAAUAUGUUUAAACAGAAUCAGUUGAAAUCUCCUUUAGUUUCAAGAAAGCCAUUGCAACCUGAUAACAAGAAGCAUCCUGAUGAGGAUGAUGCUUGCUCCGUAACUUCAAUAACCGGAACUUCUAUGCGGUCAAUCAAAUCCAGGGCAACUGUUUCUUCUGCUCCUGUGUUUAGGUCCACUGAACGUGCAGAAAAAAGGAAGGAGUUUUAUACAAAAUUGGAGGAAAAGCACCAAGCAAUGGAAGCUGAGAAGAAUCAAAGUGAAGCAAGGACCAAGGAAGAGAUGGAGGAAGCUAUUAAGCAGCUAAGGAAGAGUUUAACUUUUAAAGCAAGCCCUAUGCCUAGCUUUUACCAUGAGGGGCCUCCUCCCAAGGUUGAGCUGAAGAAGCUACCAGCCACGCGAGCAAAAUCUCCAAAGCUGGGCCGGCAAAAGAGCAACAAUGGUGCAGUUAAUUUAUCUGAAGGGGCUAAGGAGAAAGGAGCUGGCAUCAGGAGAAAGCAUCAAACACUGAAGACCAACAACAAUGAUGUUAAGAGUGAUGUGAAUGACUUAUGUGACCCAAAAAACAAGCUCAAUCAUAUUGAAGAAAUUGAUAUGGCCAAAGUAACUGGACAAGCAGACUUGGAGAUUGGCAGCCAGUGAAAUUUUCAGUGAGAUUAGUUCCUCAUUUUUCUAAUUUAUGUGUAUCUGGGAACUGUGGUCUUGUUUCUCCCAACAAACAUGUUUUUCCUUUAACUUAUAAGGCACUUGCUGCUGUGUGCAUUGCGUAAGUAGUAAAAUGUUUAUUUGUAAUUUAUUCAAAUUAUUUGUAAAUUUAAAUCCUGUUGCUCAUAAGAGCAAUUUCAGCAUUUGUUUGUCUGCCUGAAGUCCAGGAUCAGAUUGUUUGAAGUCAUCAUUAAAUAAUGCUGUUCGAUUAGCAGUAA